GCUUAGCAUAAUUAUUUGGAAUAUCAAGGCUAAAAUUGCUGCGGCGUCUAUCUAAUCAGUGACGAAAGGCGUGUGACCGGCCAAUGCAGUUGAUUUUUAGCGGCCGGAGGUGUACGAUUCGGCAUUCAACUUAAAGCGGGCAUUUUUUCUCACAUGCAGACUGGCAGUAUACGAGUACUAAUGCGUAACUACAGUUGAGGCGUGAUAAACGGAAUGUUAAGAAAACGUAUGGGUUGAUGCUAAAUUUAGCCCUGAACUGGCAUCCCGUAACCAGCAGCAGUCUGCAUAAUCUGCUUAAAUAAAACUUCCAUGCGCAUUUACUUGAACUUCUAGCAGGGUUCGGAGGCCGUUACCAUCCUUUGCCUUAAUACCGCCAACGUUCCUGAAGUUUUCUGAUAUUGCCGAACAUUUUUGCUCAAGUGUGUUGAAUUUUCACGCGUUAUUGUAUGGUUAAGCGUGGUCUCGGAAACGGUUCUGAGACUAAUUGACCAUGCACGGGCACCGAGCCCUUUAUACGAUCUUCACUUUCUGCUUCUUUCUGACUGUGAUACCCUGCUCCUUCGCCUCCGAUGAAGACGUCAUUGAGGAUGUUAAUAAACAAGGACUGGAGAAGCUUCUGGAUGAAAAAGACCUGGUGGCGGUAAUAUUUUAUGAAAAAGGCAAUUCGGAAUCCGAACAAGUUCUUAAGGAACUCGAGAACAUUGACGACGACACAGACAAAUUUGAGAUACCAUUUGUCAAAGUCAACGACAAAAAGCUGGCUAAGCAAUACGGAGUCGCAUCGUUCCCCGCGCUGGUCUACUUCCGCAACAAGCAGCCCGUUAUUUAUAAUGGUGAUCUGAAGAAUGAAGAAAAAGUCCUAGAUUGGUUGACCGGCAUUGAAGGUUUGGAAUUGCCGGAUCAGAUUGAGGAAUUAAACCAGCAGCUGCUGGAACGCAUGAUCCAAGAAAGCGACAAUGUGGCAGUUCUUUAUUAUAAAGAAAACGAUAAAAAAUCAGAAAAGGUCCUCGCCGAAUUAGAAAACAUCGAUGAUGAAGCGGAUGCACUGGACAUUAACUUUGUCAAAGUCUCCGAUCCUGACGUUCUCGAAACCGAAGAUUUCGCUGAUGAUCUGCCGCAGCUGGUUUUUUUCCGCAACGAAAUUCCGUUAAAGUACUCCGGUGACCUUACCGAUGAAGACGCCGUGUUGAGAUGGCUUACGACAAAUAAAAUCGAAGGUGAUGUUAUUGAAAACGUUGGAGGCGACAUGCUGGAUGAUUUGAUCGAAGAUGAAGAAGAUGUUGUGGUUCUGUUUACGGCUCCCAAGUGUAGCAAAUGCGAUCAAGUCUUAAAAGAGCUGGAGAAUAUCGACGAUGAUACGGACAAGCAUGGGAUACACUUCGUUAAAACGGAUAAUAAAGAGCUCGCCACCACCUACGGAGUCGAAACGUUUCCGUCUUUGAUAUAUUUUGAGGACGGCAUCCCCAAUGUCUACGAAGGUGAUCUUAUGAAUGAAGAUGCUGUCCUCGCAUGGAUUCUUGAGCAACAACAGCAGGAAACCAUCGAAAACGUGAAUCUGGAAAUUCUUGAAAAAGUGCUCGAGGAGGAAGAAUAUGUGGCUUUGUUCUUUUAUUCUGAUACAUGCAAAAAUUGCGACGCGGUCUUGGAGGAGCUGGAAAAAAUAGAUGAUGAAAGCGGCGACGCUGGUAUUCAUUUCCUGCGAACCAACGACAAGGAUGUUACCAAGAAGUACAAUGUAAAAUCUUUCCCUAAAUUGAUAUAUUUCCGCAACCAGGAGCCGCUCGUAUACAAUGGUGAUCUGUUGGAUGAGGAAAAGCUGUUAAAAUGGUUGACAUCUGAAGAAAAUAUGGAUAUUCCAGACAAGAUCGACGAAGUCAAUCGAAAAGUUUUACAGAAAAUGGUUAACGAGUCCGACUAUGUGGCGUGCUAUUUCUUCAGGAAGAAAAACUGUCCCGAUUGUGACGCGAUUCUUCAUGAACUGGAGAACAUCGAUGAUGAUUCGGAGAAGCUUGGCAUUGACUUUGUUAAAAUCGAGGAUGACAAGCUACUGAAAGAGUACGGCGGGAAAAAAGCGCCGGCCCUCGUCUACUUCCGGAAGCACAUUCCGACUCUGUAUACCGGAGAUCUGAAAGAUGAGGAUGCUUUGUUGAAAUGGUUAGUCAGUGAGAAGGACGGCGAGGACGAUGAGAUUGAGGAUCUCAACCGGGCCAGUUUACUCAAGCUGCUCGAUCAUCAAAAAUUCGUCGCUGUAUACUUCUAUGCCAAAAAUUCGGCCGACUCGGAGGCCACACUGAAAGAGCUGGAGAACAUUGACGAUGACACCGACAAGCACGAUAUACACUUUGUCAAGACAUCCGAUACCGGUCUGGCUGCCGAAUACGGCGUGCACGAUUUCCCAGCGCUUGUCUAUUUUGAGGACAAGCAUCCCAGUGUUUAUCAUGGCGAUCUUAAAGAUGAGGACAGAGUUCUGAAAUGGAUUCUCCAUCAGCGCCACGAAGAUACCAUCGAAACGGUUAACCGGGAUAUGUUGCAGAAGCUGAUUGACAAGGAAGAUUACGUUGCUGCAUACUUCUAUACGGACGAUACACCAGAAUACGAAAAGAUAUUGGCCGAGCUCGAAAACAUCGAUGACGAGGCGCACGAAUUCGGCAUUCAUUUUGUGCAGACACGUGAUGUGCAUUUCGGACGACGUUUUGGAGUCAAGAAAUUUCCAGCCGUAGUGUUUUUCCGCAAUGGUCAACCGAAUAUUUACAAAGGAGACUUGCUGAAGGAAGAAGAACUGCUUGAAUGGUUAACGGAUGUCGAUACUCUGGAAACCGCUGAUGAAAUUGAAGACGUUAAUGCCCCGCUGUUUAAAAAAAUUAUUAGUCAACAGGAAAAUGUGGCUGCGCUGUUCUACAACGAUAAUGUUAAACAGUGCGAAAAGGUCAUCCAGGAGCUGGAAACCAUCGAUGACGAAGCACACCAUUCGGACAUUGACUUUGUGAAAAUUAAAGACGAUAAACUUGCCAAAAGCUACGGUGUCCAUGCUUACCCGGCUCUAAUUUAUUUUAAAAACGGAGAGCCUACGAUUUAUGCCGGCGAUCUGCGUAAAGGGCCGGCAGUUCUGGAAUGGUUAUUGGACCAGAAAAAUCCCGACGCUGAUGAUCAGAUUGAAGAAAUUAAGGGCGCUGAAUUGGAAAAGUUAAUUGAAACUUCUCCGAAUGUUGCUGUGUAUUUCUAUAGUCCUGACAGCAAGGAUUCGAUGACCGCGCUGAGUGAACUGGAAAAUAUCGACGAUGACACGGAUAAUUUGGGUGUGGCCUUUGUUAAAACCUCCGACGUGAGCAUUGCGCGCGAUUACGGAGUGAAAUCGUUUCCGGCACUUAUUUAUUUCGAGGAGGGCGAACCAAGCGUUUAUGAUGGUGACCUUCAAGAAGAAAACGAAGUUUUACGGUGGUUGACUCAGCAGAAAAACGAAGACACUAUUGAGAACGUUAACCGUCAAAUUUUGGAGAAGAAGAUCGAGGACUCGGAAUAUUUGGCCGUAUAUUUUUAUAAACCAAAUAAUAAAGAUUGCGAGAAAAUCCUGGAAGGCCUGGAAAAUAUUGACGAUGAUCUGGAUGAAUUCGGGGUUGAUAUUGUACGCGCCAACGAUAUUUUGAUGGCCAAGCGAUAUGGAAUAAAAGAGCCACCUGCCCUGGUUUAUUUCCGGAAUGGCAAUCCACUAAUUUACCCUGGCGAUUUGAAGAAAUCCGAAGAUGUACUAAAUUGGUUGACCGAUGACGAUGUGCGUGAAAUCGAAGGAGAAAUUGAGCUGGUUAAUGCCCGCCUCUUCAAAAAGAUUCUUCAUGACAGCGAUUUUGUCCUGGCUCUCUUCUAUGACGAGGAUGAUAAGGAGAGCGAUCACAUUCUGCAGGAACUGGAAAAUAUUGAUGAUGAAUGUGAUCAAUAUGGAAUUGACUUUGUCCGAAUCCGUGACAGUGAGCUGGCCAAGAAGUACAAAGUGUUUGAAUUGCCGGCUCUGGUUUACUUCCGCAAACAGAGACCAAUUCCUUAUGAAGGUGACCCCGCGGAUGAGGAUGCCGUGCUUAAAUGGCUGACCAGUGAGGACACUCUGGACAUUAAGGGUGAAAUUGAGGAUAUUUCCCGUAAAAUGCUGGAGAAAAAGCUCGAAGACACCGAUUACAUUGCGGUGUUAUUCUAUGAGAAAAACUGCGAUGAGUGCGAAGAAGCACUGCGUGAUUUAGAGGAGAUCGAUGAGCAGGCUCAUGAUCUGAAAAUCAGCUUCGUAAAAAUUGCCGAUAGUCGACUGGCUCGCAAGUACGGUGUCCAAAAAGCCCCUGCCCUUGUGUAUUUCCGCCGGAAGUACCCUGCGAUAUACCGAGGUUCACUGAAAGAAGAGCAACAAGUGCUCGACUGGCUGCGAAAGAACCGCUACAAGCAUCCGGAACUAAGCUUCUUCAUGUAUGGAAUAGGAGCAAUCACCGGUGCAUUUGUACUUUAUACGAUAUUUUUCAUGGUUUGUCUGAAAGACAAAAAGCAUGAAAAGAAAGAAUAAUCCAGCUGCAGUUACUGAUCAGUGAUCAUGGACCUGAAACGACUUCAGUGGACAACGGGAAGUCAACUGUCGUACGACUACAUCUUUGCAAACAAAGCAAAAUGCAAAUUCUCGUUAACGAUUGUACACCUUUCGUUCUGUGCCUUUGUGAUUAUUAUUCCGGAUGCUGCUUGGUGUUGCUGAAUUUUAAUGCUGCAAAAUUGAUACUUUAUUUGAUAUGUACCGUGGCAUUUAAGAACCGUCCUUGAGUAAAUUUUGUAUAUGGUUG